GCCACUCUCCAGUACUAACUGAACGACGCGUUGAUAACCUUUCCAUCCAUGCCAUAGCUUGGGAGCAGCUCUGAUUGAGUGCGCUGCCUUAUGCACCUUGUUUUCUUGAUCAAUUGGAACCAACCAUAUAGCUUUCCUCGGUUUGAUUUACCAUGUGCUAUAUGUGAUGCACGGACUAUCAAGAUUGUUGUCCCCUUCCUGCUCAGAUGACGUGCAUAGAAGAAGAAGAAGAAGAAGAAGAUACAGACAGGACAUGUGGCCACUAAGCUCAAGGAUCUACUUAUACAUGAAGCUCUUAUCUCAGUUUCGUUCAACAUGCCUCUGUUCAUCACCGCGAUAGUACUUGCUCUUUCAGCAAUCCCUUGUUGCCUCAGUAUCUGGCCGAUACCCCGUUCUCUGGAUUCAGGAAAUCAGAUUCUCAAGCUUUCUGGUUCAUUCGACAUCUCUAUCAAUUUCACCAACCCACCCCAAGAUCUUCUUGAUGCUGUAACUCGUACAAAAUAUUCUAUACAGACUGAUCAGCUCGGGAGGCUGACUGUAGGCAGGGGGUCGUCUGAUAGUACGGCAUUCGGAAGCGCGAAAACUUUACGCACUUUGAUGCUCGCCCUUGAACAAAGUGCGUCUACUGCUCAGCCGAUUGCGACCGAGGCUGUAGUUGCUCUGGAUGCAAGGGACGAGGGUUAUUCACUUUCUGUGCCCUUGGACGGUUCUGCUGGAGUGGUGUCUGCUAAUACAACGCUUGGACUUCUGCGUGGGUUGUCAACCUUUGAACAGCUAUGGUAUACGUAUGAUGGGACCAUAUAUACUAAUUAUGCACCAUUGACAAUCGUCAAUGAUUCUCCUGCAUACGCUUACCGUGGAUUUAUGUUGGAUACUGCUCGAAACUUCUUCAGUGUGUCAGACAUUAAACGUACUCUGGAUGCUAUGUACUUGGUGAAGAUUAAUACUUUCCAUUGGCACAUUACCGAUUCGCAAAGUUGGCCUAUUCAAGUUGUCCAAUUUCCGGAGCUAGCUCAAGCUGGGGCAUACUCCACCAAUCAAUCCUACACGCCAAACGAUAUUCAAGACGUGGUUACCUAUGCCGGAGAACGAGGCAUUGAUGUCCUAGUUGAAAUAGAUACUCCAGGCCAUACGGCAAUCAUUGGGGCAUCCCAUCCGGAAUAUGUAGCUUGUUAUCUUUCGGACUGGAUCACUUUCGCUGGCGAGCCUCCCGCAGGGCAACUUCGUCUCGCAGAUGCCAGUGUAGCGAACUUCACUGCAGCUGUGCUUGCCGCUGUCGCCGAGACUCUCCCAUCAACGAUGUUUUCUACCGGAGGAGAUGAGCUAGAUACGGCAUGCUAUGCUGCGGAUGGACCAACACAGAUGAUGUUGAAUGAGUCGGGGAGAACAUUAUUCGAGGCACUGGACAUUUUUACUUCGACCACGCAUGGGGCAUUACAUGCAUUGGGGAAAACUGCAGUUGUUUGGGAAGAAAUGGUUCUGGAAUACAACACCACGACGCUCCGAAACGAUACCAUCGUAAUGGUUUGGAUAUCUUCAGAUGAUGCUGCUGCUGUAGUACAGAAGGGUUACCGCAUAGUGCAUGCCCCAUCAAAUUAUUUUUAUUUGGAUUGCGGCGCUGGAGAGUGGAUAGGAAAUGACCCAACCGGUAAUAGCUGGUGCGAUCCCUUCAAAACCUGGCAAGAAUCAUACACUUUCAAUCCACUCGCCAAUAUAUCCUCCGCACAAGUAUCUCUUGUUCUUGGAGGUGAACAACUUCUCUGGACUGAACAAUCAGGCCCAGAAAAUCUUGACUCUAUCGUCUGGCCUCGCGCCGCCAGUUCAGCAGAAAUCUUCUGGACCGGUGAUACACUUCCAGAUGGAUUUGAUAGAGUGGGAAACAUUUCUGAAGCAUUACCUAGGCUGCAUGACGUGCGGUAUCGAAUGGUUCAGAGAGGGAUCAAAGCGAUUAGGCUUCAACCAGAGUGGUGUGCCUUGAGGCCGCAGGUGUGCGAUGGAUAAAUACAACUUCAACAGACUAGCCAAUUACCAUCCAACCUCCACUUAUUUAGGGUAAUAUAAAGUUUUAUCUACUUACACCUCGUGAAUUGGUCAAGCCAC